CGCCCAUUCGAAUCGAGAGGCGAACGAGAGGAAGGAGGAGUCGAGCCGUCUUCCUGUGGCCUUCGUAGCGCGGGGCGUCUCGUAGGAGCAUCGCAGCGAGCUCGUUUAAAACGUACGGUGAAGUACAGCGAAGGUACGGCGGAGACACGGUGGAGAUCGGCGCCCUGCCCCCCUGGUGCACCGCAGUCUCGCUGCUUCGCUUGUCCAGGCGCGCGUGUACGCGAUCCGGGGACGGUGACAGUGACAGUGACAGUGAGCGUGAUCGCGCACGACGAGCCCUUCCCCUCCCCACUGUCCCGCAAUGUCACGCCGUAGCAGAAGGUUGAUGCCAAGUGGCACCUACCAGUCGGACGAUGAUGCAGCCAGCAGUAGCUCAGCAGGUUCCACCAGUCAAGUCUCCUACAAGGAGAGCCUUGUCAGGAUUUUUAGGAGGAAGUCUGGUGGGCGCAAGGCUGGGUCCUCACGCUCGGCGCCAAACUCUAAUGCCUCCAGCGAUCUCGGGGUCCAGUAUGCCGCUGAUGAGCCCAUCACUACUGAGGAGUCUUGGGACAUAACCCCUACGCUGAGGGCUGGCUUGCAGAGGAGGACGUUCUCCUCUGUGAGGAGUUCUAGCACAGAGCCCAAGCUGUUGUCCAGCACUGGCACCACCGAGAUGAGCUAUACAUCUGACUUCCAGGAGCAGUCCUCAGGGUACUCCUCUUCUGAAGAGGGAUUCUACCGUCCGACCUUAAGUUCAGCACAGUCUGCGGCCGAACCGAGGCUUGGUUUUAAAGAUAUGAUCAGGUCCCCAGUGCGAGCCAUGGCCAUGCUCUUCUGGUGGACAGGAACAGCCUGGUACAGUCUCACCUCAGGAUUUUCACUGCUGGAUGUCUUCUUGCUUAGCAGGCGAACGGCGGCAGUUAGGAAAGUAAUUCUUCUCCUUUUGGUCUUCAUUAUUUUGGCUUUUGCUGCAUGGUACUGGUACCCCUCCAUCCUUGGACUCUUCAGCAGAGGAGCUGCGAGAAGACCUGGACCUCUCCGCAGCACUACGGACACUGGUGUCCUUCAGGGCGAAGCGACGGGGGCUCCUAUGCUGCCAGUCCUCCGAGAGGAGAUCCGCUCCCAGCUGGAGGAACGGGAAAGCCGCUGGAUGGAGGAGCGGGAGAAGGCCAAGCAAGAGAGCCAUAGAGAAUGGGAACGUAUGCAGAGGGAGAUUGCGCUGCUUCGACAGGACCGAGAAAAACUGGAGCACGUGUCCGAGACGCUGAGAUCUGAAUUGCAGCAGUUGAAGCUAUCGGUCAAGAACUUUGAGACUGAGCAUCGCAGCUUUCUAGGCCAAGAACUGGCGGGAAUGGAGAAGAACAUUGCCGACCUGCAGGCCGGAAUUUCCUCCCUCCACAUUUCCACGGAUUUAUUGAGGCAGCAGGUGGAAAGUCAGCAAACGAUGAAUGCCGAGAUGAAGGGAGAGCUGUCCAAAUGGAUCGUGUCCUACCUGUCCAGCGGCGCCCAGGGUACGGACCUUGUGCUUCAGCCUGAACUCCAGCAGGCCCUGGGGGACCUGGAGAGGAGACUGCUGCAGAAGCUGGCAGAGGAACGGGAGAAGGAACAGCCAGACAUGUGGAGGAGCGUGGGAGAGACCCUCCAGAGAGAGGGAGCGGGAGCAGUCACCGUGGAGGACAUUCAGCAGAUUGUUCACAGAGCCCUGCGUUUGUUCCACGCGGAUGGGAUCGGAAUGGCCGACUACGCCCUCGAGUCCUCGGGGGGCAGUGUGAUUAACACCCGCUGCUCAAAGACCUACACCACCCGCACCACCUGCAUCAGCCUCUUUGGGAUACCGCUGUGGUACCAGUCCGAAAGCCCACGGACCGUCAUACAGCCGGAUGUGUACCCAGGGAAAUGCUGGGCCUUCCAGGGCAGUGAGGGAUUCCUGGUCAUCUCCCUGUCCUAUCCAAUCCAAAUCACCCAUGUCACCUUGGAACACCUGCCUAAGGUCCUUUCCCCCACGGGCCACAUCGACAGCGCCCCCCGGGAUUUCUCCGUUUAUGGGAUGUCUGCCGACAAGGAGGACACGGAAGAGGGUGCUCUUCUAGGAACGUUUACCUACGACCAAGACGGGGAGCCUGUACAAACCUUCAGGCUGUCGGACAAUGACUCCACACAGCAAGUGUACCAGAAAGUGGAGCUACGCAUCCUCAGCAACUGGGGACACCUCGAGUUCACGUGCAUCUACCGAUUUAGAGUGCAUGGCAAGCGCUGGGUUGGAUAACAGACGUGUCAAAAGUCUCUUUCCUAUUUUAAUUCUAUGCAAAUUUUUUAAAAAUAAUUAAAUUUAAUGGCCUUUACUAGAAAGACAAGGUGGCUUUACACAGCAUCGGAAUAAGAAUAAUUUACUUGCAUGACAUGGCCUACACCCCUCCAACUGAUCAGCUUUGACUUGGUCAUCAGGCAUGAUUUUUGACAAUGCUCUCACAUGGGCUUUGCAAAAAAAAAAGGUAUCUGUCUACUUAUGUCAGGUUGUAUGAGGCUGUACCCAAAUCGAUGCUGCUGUAAAGACGAGCAUAUGCCUACAUACAAGGUGGAAUACAGUAUGUGUUACAUGUUUGUCAUUCAUUCACAUCAGUAAGCACAGUAAGAAAUGAAGGAAUUUCAGUGUACAUAUUGGGUUUAUGCAUAAUUUUGAAAGUGUCAUUAUGAUUCAUUAC